CCGGAGCCCGCUGCAGGCAUGAUCGGCCAGAAGACCCUCUACUCCUUCUUCUCCCCGACCCCCACCGGGAAGCGGAGCACGCGCAGCCCCGAGCCGGCCCCGGGGCCCCGCGCGGCGGCCGAGGACGGCGGCGAUGCGGCCAGCCCCGCCAAGAAGGCCCGGGUCGGGCAGGACGAGCCCGGCUCGCCGCCCGCGUCGCCGCUCAGCGCGGAGCAGCUCGACCGCAUCCAGAGGAACAAGGCCGCCGCGCUGCUCAGGCUCGCCGCCCGCAACGCGCCCGUCGGAUUCGGCGAGAGCUGGAAGAAGCACCUGAGCGGGGAGUUCGGGAAGCCCUACUUCGUCAAGCUGAUGGGAUUUGUCGCUGAAGAAAGAAAACAUCACAAGGUCUACCCACCCCCGGAGCAGGUGUUCACGUGGACCCAGAUGUGUGACAUCAGAGAUGUGAAGGUUGUCAUCCUGGGACAAGAUCCCUAUCAUGGACCCAGUCAAGCUCACGGGCUCUGCUUCAGUGUCCAGAGGCCGGUGCCACCUCCGCCCAGUUUGGAAAACAUUUUCAAAGAGCUGUCUACAGACAUCGAUGGCUUUGUUCAUCCUGGCCAUGGGGAUUUGUCGGGGUGGGCCAGACAAGGUGUCCUCCUCCUCAAUGCUGUCCUCACUGUCCGCGCCCAUCAAGCCAAUUCCCAUAAGGAGAGGGGUUGGGAGCAGUUCACUGAUGCGGUUGUGUCCUGGCUAAACCAGAACCUGCAUGGCCUUGUCUUCCUGCUCUGGGGCUCUUACGCUCAGAAGAAAGGCAGCGUCAUUGACAGGAAGCGUCACCAUGUCCUGCAGACGGCCCACCCCUCUCCGCUGUCGGUGUACAGGGGCUUCUUUGGAUGUAGACAUUUUUCUAAAGCCAAUGAGCUGCUCCAGAAGUCUGGCAAGAAGCCCAUCGACUGGAAGGAGCUGUGAUGUCUCCACGUGGUUCUGAGAUGCUUCCGCUAAAGCGCUGGCUGGUUUGGAAGUCACUGGAAAUGUCCCUAUUCUUGAUUCCCUGUGUGUGAAGAAAAUGGGAGACCCUUGUAAGGCAGCCACCAGACAGACAGACCCCAGAAACCGCGGCUUUGGCAUCCGGAGCUCUUGACUGCCGCUAGGUUUGAACUCUGGGCCAGGCAGAGUGGCCUGGCCACACACGCCUACUUCUCACAGACCAGUGGUCACAUACUUGUCCUCUCUGGACUGUUUUGGAUUAGGGGAGAGUUGUACCUUUUUCAUGCCUGCUGCUGUUUACUUUUGCCUUUAGACUAGAGGUUACAAGGUGUGUGUGUUCUUCAAGGGGGCCUGUCUCUAAGGCGGCCUUGGAUGUUUCCAGAUCUUGAGACUCUUUUCCCUGAUUGGGGUGGGGUUGUUUCCGGGCCUCAGGAGGGGCUGCUACUGUCCUUCUGGCCGCUUGUCCGGGUCGUUGCCUUAAGCAAGUGGUGAAGUUGAGCAAAGCAGAGGACAGGGUUUGUUUUGUUUUAAAUUAGGGGCGGAGUCUUCCAGUGCCUGUGGAGGUGGAAUUUUCCCACAGCGGAUUGCCAGAUGUUAGUUUGUGUGAUACUGGGGGUUCAAACCUAGAGUGCUGGUUUUAUGGGUUGAAGUCAUACAGAUUUUAUUUUAAUAUAACAUUGGAGAACGUGUUUUCCGAGGUAGGUGGGUACAUCUGCAUUUUCAAUCCUUUUUUGAGAUACUGAGAUGUACUGAGUUUAGGCCUCAGCCCGGAUUCUGUGAGUCCAGCUGGCCAGGGCAGGAUAAUAAAAGCGCAUUGGCGUUUGCCUUGUA